ACCGAAGCAACAGGCUUCUGAAACAUUUUUACUCUUAUUAAACAUUUGUCUUAGGUAUAAAAUAGUAAAUGCUGGAGUAAAAGAACGACCUCACGGAUAUUAUUAAGGUUUCUGCAUUUAAAUGUUCUGAGAAACAUGUCUGUAAAGAGUUUUUUGUCUUGUGGCUUCAGCUGGUUUCCUGCUGCAGGUUUUUGUACGACGGUUUCUGGCUGUGCUAGCUGGGGUACCACUCUGACUGAACCUUCACACGCAGCUCAACAAAAACCUCCAGGCUCCUCUGAGCUGCUGGAUAAACGCUAAAAACCAUCCAUGGAUCCCAAAGACAGGGGGACAAACACUGGGGCUUCAGGUGGGUUCUCUGCUGAUUCCUUCCUACAGAAAAACUGGGAUGUUUCUUCACUUUGCUGCGUCUCAUACCUUCGCUCUGCCUCUGAUCAAUCCCUCUUUAUUGGGAAAUUCUCCCCUUAAAACCCAACGUUAAGCCCCAGUUUGAUGCUCCAGGGUUCACAGAUGCACACAGUGCCGGUGGAAGUGGAUUUUUCACCUUUCAGAGCUUCUCUGCACAUAUUUGGCAGCUCAUGGGUUUCGGUAUGAGGCCGUAAUACUGUGAUUCAUUAACUUUUGCAAAGCCGAUCAAGCUCAUCGUCUCUCCUAAAGAUGACGUGCCCGUCGCUCCGGCCCUGUUCAUCCUCCGUCACCGGCAGCCUGAAGGUGACUCUCUGAAGGUGGACCAGCGGGGUCCAGGUGUCUGUCUGGCCACACAUUUCCGCCCAAAGGGGGGCAACCUGGUCCUGAAUGAGGGGCAAGAAGCCGUGAACACGACUUCUGCCGUUUUGUCAAUGGAGACCAAGACCUAUUAUUACGCUGUGUUCAAGAACAACAUCGAGUCCUGCAGCCUGGACCGAAAGUCCAGCAAGGACGAGACCGGUGAGGAAUUUGAGAGCAUUUAUCCAGAAAACGCCAAAGUCAACUUCUACCUGGUGCUGAUGAACGGCGUUCGGGUGAUCUUCACCAAAGCUGUGGCCUUCAACACCAUCAUGGCCAUCAGAGCCGUGAUCUUCUGAUCCGCCGUCUGAAACCGACCAGCGCCUCUGCAGAACUUAACUUCUUUAUUUUAGCAAAAUAAAUCAGAUGGAAGAGAAACUGACUGUAGAGCCUUUAAAUGCUUAUUUAGUCUUUAGUUGAUUACAUUUAGCAGCAACUGAAACCAAACGACGUCUGAAGAAUAAUUUUUGACCAAACAAAUACAGAAUUACAGCACAGUAACACAUUAAUUCUCACAUAUUUGAGCUUUAGUUGAAAUUAUAAGUACUUUUGAUUUUGGUUGUAUCUGAGAAAAAUUCCUUCAGUCAUAUUUAAAAAUAACAAAAACAUUCAAAAUCUGUUAAAGAAAAUCACAAAAUAUCCUAAAAAAAGCAAUUUCUCUCUUAAUCUCUAUAACUUUUAGCAUUUUUCAGUCUGUUUGUUAAAUAUUAAAUUUUUUGGAGAUAUGUUUGUUUUGAUCUGUUAAUCAUUUUUGAUACGAUCAGAAGUGAUGAGUCUGAAAACUCAGCAACAUUUAGCUGUAAAUAAACUCUAUGCUUAUUUCUGCAGAGUAAAUAAAAUAGUUUCACAUGAAAAAUUUGAUUUGCUUCAAUGUUUAUGAAUUUAUUACAGGAACACGUUUCUUUGCUACUCAGUUCUGUUGUUAGGCUUUAAAAUGAUGAAAUAAAAGCUGAACGUAUUAAAUCUGCUGUUAAUUAAUCUCUGAUCAUCUUGUUCGGGUUCUUUACUCCAGUGAGAAAUUUCAUCACGGUAAGACGCGGUGACAAUCAUGAAAACGUCUUUUAUUUUCUCCCAGGGAUCCUGUUUUAUUUGACGUUAACUGAUGACGUUAACGGCUUCCUGAAAAGUUCCAUGGAAGGUGACGUGAACAGCAUGAGGAGUCCAUCAGGGUGCAGGCCACUGUUUUAUUCUUAGUUUGAUUUAAAGGAGCUCAUUAAAUCUUUAUGUGUUAAAAGACUAACUGGUUUUUAAUUAAAUAAUUUAGUCUUUAUGAGUUUAAUCGUGAUGUUUUUUUCCUGAAUGUGACCCGUACUGUCUGGAUCACUGAACCUUCUCUGUCUCUGUGUCGGUUUGAUCAGUUGAAACCACAUUUCAACAGGAAACUGAAGCUGCUGAUAAGAAUCAGUGAGAAAGGAAACAACAGGAAACACGUUGGUUCAACAUCAGCUCCGCCUCUUCCUUAACUUAAACUGUACUGUAAUGUUUAUCAACCUGCACACUGUUUUAAGUUUACUUUUAGGCAGCUUCAAUAAAAUUCUAAAUAAAAAAA